AUGCAGGAAUUAUAUAGAUCAUUCAAUUUUAAAGGCUUUUGUGACUUGUGGUAUCCAGAGGUAUUUGAUUUUGAUGCAAUUCCUGAAAUUUCACCUCCACCAAAUUAUGUAGAAUAUUUGUUUGGUUUGGGGUUUCGAAACAGUUUAGGA